AUAACUCGCCCCGUAGACGAAAGCAUCAUCACCAGCACAGAUAUGGAGUACAUGUGCGAUGCGUAUCUGGAGUGAGAAGCGUUGUUGCGGAGAAAGUGACGCAUUUGCGUACCUUCCCCAGUUUCAACUCCACCCCACCGAGAAAGCUGUCCCCAAAGGUCAACAGCAGGAGCGAGGUUUGUUGAAUUGCACGCAUGCAGAUUACCUCAACACCAUCCGACAGCAAUGGCAUAGUGGUCGCGGGCGCGGUAGCCUGCCAUUUAGGAAUUGUACCUUAACGUAAUCGUCUCUCUGCAUCUUUUACCGACAUGGCCAACGCAGCGAGCAAGGCCCGGCGGUGGACCGACCACCUGGCAUACGACCUCUUCUUAUGGAUCUUCACAAUUGUAGUGGACCUCUUCUUCCGCGAGAUACAUCCGCGAAGCACAUGGCGCAUACCCAAAACUGGUCCAAUCCUCUUCGUGGCUGCACCGCAUGCGAAUCAGUUCAUAGAUCCGCUGCUUCUGAUGCGCACUGUGAAGCAAGAUGCGAAGCGAAGAGUCUGUUUCCUCAUAGCCGAGAAGAGCAUACAUAGGCCGGUCAUCGGAUUCUUCUCCAAACUGAUAGGCGCAGUUCCGGUGGGGCGGGCUAUGGACAGCAAGAAGCCGGCAGAGGGAAAGAUAUACCUACCAGACCCAGAGGGUGACCCAACGCUACUCAAGGGGAAUGGUACGGACUUUACAAACGAGAAGGUGUUCAUGCCUGGUGGUCUCCUGGUCUUGCCCAGCGUUGACAAUACCGCAGCAAGCACCGAAAUCAAGGAGAUUCUGGGACCAACAGAGCUCCGCCUGAAGAAGGCUUUCAAAGGCGAUGUAGCAUACAAACAGCUCACUGGGCGACCGUUAGACCAGGCCAAUGGUCAGACCGAAAAGGUGACGGAGAAGUUUGAGGGAAUCAGUUUUCAAGUUGCACCUCACGUCAACCAGAGCAAGGUAUACGAAAAGGUCUUUGACGAGAUAGAGCAAGGUGGAUGUGUCGGGAUUUUUCCAGAGGGAGGCAGUCACGACCGUACCGAGCUUCUGCCGCUCAAGGGUGGCGUCGCUGUGAUGGCCCUAGGUGCGCUUGAGAAGGAUCCAAAGUGCGGCGUGGUGAUAGUGCCGGUGGGCAUGAACUACUUCCACGCCCACAAGUUCCGCUCUCGAGCUGUCAUCGAGUUCGGAGCACCCAUUUCAAUCGAUCCGGAACUCGUCUUGCAGUAUAAGGAGGGUGACCGAAGAACGGCCAUUGCCAAAGUGCUGGAGCUUGUCUACGAGCGACUCACUGCCGUUACCACAUUAGCUCCCGACUACGAUACUUUAAUGCUCAUACAAGCUGUACGCCGGCUGUACAACCCAAAGGGCAAGCGGCUGCCUCUUUCCGCUGUGGUUGAGCUGAACCGCAGGCUGAUUAAAGGGUACAAUACGUACAAAGACGACCCGCGCAUUGUGAGCCUUCGCACGCAAGUACUGGACUACAACCGCACGCUGUUCAGGAUCGGCCUACGAGAUCAUCAAGUUUCCUACGCCAAGUUCUCAUGGUACAGAGUUUGGGCAACCCUUAUCUACCGUGUUGCCAAGCUGUUGGUCCUCACGAUCGCAGUGCUGCCUGGCGUGGUACUGUUCUCUCCAGUAUUCAUAACAGGCAAAUCCAUCUCACAUGCCAAGGCAAAGGAAGCACUCGCCGCCUCCACCGUAAAGAUUCGAGCUCGCGAUGUUAUCGCUACUUGGAAGGUGCUUGUGGCGCUCGCACUCACACCGACGUUAGACUUCAUCUACACUGUUAUCCUGACCUACUGGGUCUCAGCCAACCGAAUCGGUGGUCGAGUGCCGACCUGGAUACCGCUGUGGGCGGUCUUCUUUGGUGGCCUGUUCUUCUUCCCAGCAAUCUGUUUCAUGGCCCUUCGCUUUGGCGAAAUCGGCAUGGACAUCUUCAAAUCCUUACGGCCGCUCAUUCUUUCCAUCAGCCCUAGCUCAAAAAAUACUCUGCUUAAGCUACGAAUACGGCGACAGGAGCUACAAGAUCAGAUCAACAACAUCAUCAACGAGCUUGGCCCUGAGCUCUUCCCAGACUUCGACAAGCGACGUAUUAUCCCCGAUCCAGAGGAGGCACCGGAGUCUCCUGAUCCGCCGAGGACGCCGUCACACGCAAAGAGCGACGGUGAGCUCGAGGUCACCCCUUCGCCACAGCUUAAGCGUCUCAAGACCGACCUGCCGCGGAAUGAGAGCUUUGCGAACAUCGGCACGGUAGGCAUCUUCGCUAGCAGGCCUGGCACACCCAGUAGAUCUCGCAGCCGCACGAACAGCGAAGACGGUCGAGAAAACUUUCGAUCAGGUUUCGGCUUCAGUCCGAUCAACAGAGGUGACACCGGCCAGCAAGACCGUGAUAUGGAUGAGGUGAGUAAGACACUGCGCGCUCAGAUGCGGGAACGGAGCAAACGGCGCAAGAGUGAGACGGACGGUGGUUGGGAGAUGGCGGACGGUGAAGGUGACUCCACCGAUGCUGGCGUUAUGACUCCCAGCAGCGACUUCGAGCCGGAGGAAGCAAAGAAGGAUCUGUGAGGUGCUAACGUUUUCCGGUCUCUUCCUGAAAUCCAACGGUCGUUUUAUGAACUAAUGUCGGCUUGUGAAGCAGUGCUACGCACGGACUGAUACCCCGGAAAUGCUACAUUAGUGCGACAUUGAGCACAGGCUGAUCGUCAUCAAAUCACUCUACCUGCACAGCUUGACCUUUCCGAUUCGCAUCUUGGGUACAUACAUGUAGUAUCCAUGCUAUUAAGUGUGACGAGGACGUCUCUACAACGCUGCCCGCGUCAUCGUAGACGAGGGUGGCGCUACCUCGCCGUAAUAUGUUCGCUGAGAGAGGCAACGAGUCUAGAGUGCGUGAGCGCUUUCCCCGUGCCGAAACUCUGAGAGCGACAAUUUGGGUGAAUGCUCUCAGCAGCAAAUGGCUCGCGCUUGGUUGGCAACGUGGUGCCGUAAACGCCACAAACACAAGCUUUUGGCUGCAUCCCUGCAAUCUGUUUCUGCUCACUGUAGCGCCACAUCUUACCU